CAUAUAUGUUGGUAUAAAUAAUAAAAAACAAAUAAACUUUAGGUAGAAAGUAGUGGGCGUGGCUCGCUUCAGGUGUGCGGCAGGAGAAGGAAACUCCAAACCGGAAGAGAAGGAGGCGUUUGCUCAAACGAAGACAACAAGCAUCUGUCGACAUAAUCCGAAAACCAUGCCAGUGGAGAGAGGACACCACCAGAUGUAUGAAGAAUACAAGCGCAGGGACAGAGACUAUCCACACGGAGAUAGAGGCUACUCCUCGCAUGACAAAAAAGGAGGGAAACAGAAGCCUAGAGACCUGGAUGAGAGAGGCUCUGUAGAUGACAGGAGAGCCAAACAACACAGACAGAGGGAUAUGACAAGUGCCUCUCACAGGGAGACACCUGUUUACAGAGACCACAGCCGGGACUGUGAAGGACCCUCCACACUGUCCACAGAGAGACCAGGGCACCACUAUGUAGCAGAGGAGUAUUAUGUGCAAGAACACAGACAAGCACUUUACAAUCUUAAAUACACUAUGACAGCCAGAGGUUUGUGCCAGCUCAUGGGGAUUUUUGUGAAUCUUCUCAUCAUCAUCUGCGCUGGAGUGCCUUACAGCAACAACGGUGGAUACCGUGACCUGGCCAGCCUGGGUGGAGUCUACUACUAUCACUUUGGUGGAGCCAAUGCCUUCACUGGAGCUGACGCAGACAGAGUGAAGGAGCUCGACCGCCUGUUCCAUCAACUCAAGCGGCCACCCUACAUCUACAGCAUGGCCUAUGGCGGGGUUUUAAUGGCCUACACCUGUGUCAUGCUGGGUCUGGGAAUUUUCCGAGUUCCGUACCGCUGCCCCCCUGUGCUGCUUGGGGAGGCUGUACUAAACUUCUUCAUCGGCCUGGGUUACAUCCCUGCUCUAGCCUUUUACUUUAUUAAGCUGCAAGAAACUUACAAUAAUCCAAUUUGCACAGAGAGAGAGCAGAUGUACAAGAGCAAAGGGCAUAAGGGCUUUGAGUGCCAGUUCCACGGUGCAGAUAUCGCAGGGGGCUUGUUUGGGGUGCUGGGGGUGUUUGUUUUCAUCACUGGCUCAGUUUUCGCUGUCAGAGCUUUCAGGUCAGUGCGUGAGAUGAAGAAAAGUACAAAUGAGGAAAAUAACUUUUAGGCUGGCCCUUCUACACAAUCAUUAGGAUCAGGAUAAGUAGUAAAGUAGGAGUGGAAAUAGAGAUGAGCAAAGGACAUUUUUGUAUUUGUAGUUACUGUGUAUAAACCAGUGUAAACCAUUUGUUUACAGUGAUCAUUGGAUCAGCUUUUUAUACUUGUUCUUUUUUUUAGUUUAUUUUUUUACUUAAACCUUUGACAGUCACACUGCACAGAGGCAGAUUGGAAACAUGGAAUGUUUAUUUACUUCUUUUAUAGAAAAUGUUUACACUGUUGAAAUAUGUACCAUUUACAGUGAACACCUCAUAUAAAUGUUCACCCUUAAUAAACUGAUAAAAUGCA